UUGCCUAAACUAUGGUGAGAAGCGAACAUACUGGAUUUUGUGUGCGGCUUUAAAUUUUGUGGUUUUAACAUUUAUUUUAAAUUUCCAUAUGAAGUACUUCUAAGCAAAAUAAAGUUCUCUGUGAUAAGACAACCGAAAGAAAAUAAACAGAAACGUUUAACUCACAUAAAUACAGCUGUUUAAUCAACUAACGUAUCCAUAACGUUUCUGCAUUUCAACCUAAAAGGAACUAUAGUGCAUAAUAGAGAAUUCUAAACGAAAUACUUUAAUUAAAAAAUUAAUUUUUUAUUGAAAAAGUCAGUGUUACUGAAGUGUACAAAUAUAGUAGUAGUUUUCAACAUGGAAGUGCCGCCACCAAAAUCAUUACAACAGCCACUAUAUGUGCCUAAUAAAACUUUGAUGGGACCGGGACCUUCAAAUUAUUCACAACGAGUUUUGGAUGCGUUAAGUAAUCCAGUACUAGGACAUUUACAUCCAGAAUGCUUACAGAUAAUGGAUGAAAUCAAGGCAGGUUUAAAAUACGCUUUUCAGACAACAAACGAAGCAACGAUGUGUGUUAGCGGCUCUGGUCAUGCUGGCAUGGAAAUGGCGCUGUGUAAUCUCAUUGAAGACGGUGAUGUCGUACUUUUGGGUCCAACAGGCGUCUGGGGUCAUCGGGCGGCAGAGAUGGCACGCAGAUAUGGUGCAGAUAUACGCUAUGUAGAAGCGCGUUUUGGUCGUUCACUAAAAAUGGAUGAUCUUGAAUUUGCAUUUGAAGGUCACAACCCACAAAUAUUCUUCAUUGCUCAAGGUGACUCUUCAACGGGCAUACUUCAGACGCACAUUAAAGAAAUUGGGGAAUUGUGUCGUAAAUUCGAUUGUUUGUUAAUAGUUGAUACUGUUGCUUCACUAGGCGGCACUGAGUUUCUAAUGGACGCCUGGAAAGUUGAUGUGGCAUAUACGGGUUCGCAGAAAGUACUUGGUGCGCCACCUGGCAUAACUCCGAUAUCGUUCAAUCAGCGUGCAAUACAACACGUAUUAAAACGCAAGUCGAAGGUUAAAGUGUAUUAUUUUGAUGUCAUGUUGAUUGGUCAAUAUUGGAAUUGUUUUAACAAACCAAGAAUAUAUCAUCAUACAGUAUCAUCCACAUUAUUAUAUGGGCUUAGAGAAGCAUUAGCACAACUCUGUGCUAUUGGUCUUGAAAAUGUUAUACACAGGCAUCAAGAGUGUGCUUGGAGGUUGCAAGAUGGUAUCGAAGAGAUUGGUUUAGAAAUGUUUGUGUCGGAUGAGAACGAUAGGUUGCCUACGGUUAAUACAAUUAAAGUACCACCUGGUGUUGACUGGCGUAAGGUUGCAGAAUAUGCAAUGCGGAAGUACAAUCUUGAGAUAAGCGGAGGGCUAGGACCCACAGUAGAACAAGUUUUUCGCAUUGGCUUAAUGGGUGAGAAUGCCACGAUUGAGAAGGUAGACUUAGUAUUGAAUAUACUGAAGGAAGCAAUACAAAGCACACAACUCAAUAAGAAUGAUAAAUCAAAAAUUUAGUUAAAAUACACGAAAUAGUUAUAGUUUUUGCAAAAAUAAGCAAAAUGUAAACCGUUAUAUAAAAUUUAUAUGUACUGAAACCCUCCAGUUAUGCAAUUUAUAAUAAAUAAUAAAAUACGGGGAUGAGUUUU